AACAGCCUCGUCCCUUUCACCUUAGACUGAUCGCCCACACACAAAUAGUUGAACCUCUUGCAGCAGACCGAGUAAAAGCAGGCAAGCAAGCAGACUUUUACAUCUUCCAUUGUUCUCACAAUCCGACCGUACCUUUACGUCUUAACAACGCUCCUCCUCCCGUUCUUCACCACUACUUUCUCAUCCUCUUACGCCAGAAGCCCCUCCAACUCGUAAACCUCACCAUGGCUAGCCAGGUUACUCCAGAAGUCCUAUGGGCGCAGCGCUCCUCCGCCACUGAGCCAGAAAAGAACUACAUCUACCUGACAAUCAGCGUGCCUGAUGUUCCCCCCAAGUCUCUCAAACUCGACCUCAAACCCACCGGCCUCACCUUCACUGGCACAUCAGAGACCAAGAAGACCACAUACCAUCUUGAGAUGGAAUUCUUCUCUGAGAUCGACGUCGAGAACUCGAAGACGCAUCACACUGCGGCCAACAUCCAGAUGAUUCUCAGGAAGAAGGAACUCAAGGAGGAGUAUUGGCCACGCCUCCUCAAGGACCCCGCAAAAGUACACUACCUUCGCACAGACUUUGACAAGUGGGUCGAUGAGGACGAACAAAACGAAGCUCCGGAGGACGACUACAUGAACCAAUUUGGCGGUGGUCUCGGAGAAGACGGCGGCUUUGGUGGCAUUGACUUCUCCAAACUCGGUGGAGGCGCCGGCUUGGGCGCAGAAGGAGCAGGCGCCGAGGGCGGCGAUGACAACGAAGGAGAAGAAGAAGAUGAUGAUGACGACGACGAGAUGCCUGACCUCGAAGAUGAUGAAGCCGAAGGUGAUGCUAAAGGCAAGGGCAAGGGCAAGGAGGCUGCAUGAGUGGCAGGGUCGACCUUCAGACGGAACUCUCUGCGCGGCGUCGACGCAAGAGGAUCACAAUGGAGUUCUGACCCAACGGUCCUUGCUCGUUAAUGCCAGGUCCUCGAGCCAAUGCUGCAUACAUCCAACUCUACGAAAUUCCACCAUCAGGUUCACCCUUUCCUUUCCACCCGACCCGUCAAUAUAUGAGCGAGCGUUCCUGUGUUGUCACCACAGCCUUUAGAUUAUCCUGGCCAUAUGCGUUCCCAACAUCUCGAUACAAAGCCCGGAGCGCAGUUCUACUACUAGGCAACGGAAGCUGGGGGCCCCUACUGUUCUAUUGGGGCGACAAUAGCACAACACUUUCUUUUCCCAAAUGCAAUGGUGCGCAAGGACAUAAAAGGAGGAACUCUUAUGGGGGAUGGGGUUUGGAAGAGACGACAACGGAUGGAAAGGAGAGCUCCUCGGUCAUCAAUCAAUCAAAGAAUCAUGCCACUUCUAGCUCGUCAGUACUAUCCCAAGAAAUGCCCCGAUAUCCCCUGUGCUGUCCCACGUAAGAUGAACCAUUGAAGUCGCCAGAAUGUCUUAGGUUCGGAGUAGGUGAUAAGAGGUACAGUUGGCCACGUACUCGAUACCUUGCACAGAUACACACAUAGUCACACCGCAUCUCCGUUCAGGCAUCCUGAGCUUGCAAGGUGCAGAGACCCUCCAGCCACGGACAUGGACAGUGC